AUGGCGGCAAAACCUCAUUUGGAAACCCCUGACAUCCAGAGGCAGCCCACCGUGUCGCAUACCCACCAUGCCUGUGUUCCUCUUGCUCUGAGGGACAGUGAGAGUUACCACGUGUUCAUCAGCUACAGCAGCUCGGACUCCAAGUGGAGCCAUUCCCUCGUCGAGCAUCUGGAGUCCCGCGGCCUGCGCGUCUGCUGCCACGUGCGCGACUUCACCCCCGGCCGCACCGUGCUGGAGAACAUGUCCAAGUGCAUCCACGAGAGCCAGAAGGUCCUGCUGGUUCUCAGCCAAGAGUUCGUGAGGAGUCGCUGGUGUCUCCUGGAGGCCAACAUGUCUUUGUUCAGAGACUGUCUGGAGAGGAAACCGCUGAUCCCCGUGAUGCUGGAGCCGGGAGUCCUGGUACCCCUUCACCUCUGCCACCUGACUUACCUCGAGGCCAGCGAUCCUGAGUUUCCGAACAAGCUGCUCAAAGUUCUCUGCACCCCCAACCAGCAGCUUCAGGGUUCCACUGUUGUCCCUUUCCAACCUCCCACCAUCUACAACGGGAAGGCCCUGCAGCCUUUGAUCGCUGUCAAUGACGAGGGACUCUAUAAAUGGGAUGCCGGCCAGUUCAGUGACAUGGAGGUGCCCGAACAGCUGCGCCUGAUCAUUGAGGACCAGAACAAAUACAAAGAGGCAGUGAGGAUUCUCAACCGUGUCUCUCAAACUAAAGUAUGGCUGCGACCUGUCUGGGCCAGAGUACUAGUCUACACCAUAGCUCUCAUAUCAGGGCAUCCCGGCCAGGGCAGCAGAUCCUGA